UAUUCCCGCCAAACGCCUCAAAAGCCCUAAUUCUCUUGUAUUCAUAUCGCACCUCUUUCUCUCGACCGCGACGCCACCCAAAAAAUGGAUGCCCAGGCCGUGAAAUCGAACUUAGUCCUAAUUCUAGACUUCGGUUCACAGUACACCCACCUCAUUACUCGCCGGAUUAGAAGCCUAUCUGUAUUUUCUCUCUGCAUUUCCGGCACCUCCUCUCUUAAAGCCAUAACCGACCUCAAUCCUCGUGUAAUCAUUCUCUCCGGCGGCCCUCAUUCCGUCCACACCUCAAAAGCUCCCUGCUUUCCUGAAGGGUUCGUCGAAUACGUGGAGUCUAAUGGCAUAUUUGUUCUGGGUAUAUGCUACGGCCUUCAGUUGAUUGUUCAGAAGCUGGGUGGAGAGGUUAAAGUUGGGGAGAAGCAAGAGUAUGGGAGGAUGGAAAUUAAGGUUGAGAGAUCAAGCAGCCUGUUUGGUUCUAAAAGUAUUGGUGAUAAGCAGGUUGUUUGGAUGAGCCAUGGCGAUGAGGCUGUUAGAUUGCCAGAUGGGUUUGAAGUCGUGGCAAGAAGCUUGCAGGGAUCUGUUGCAGCCGUGGAGAAUCCGGCAAGGAAAUUUUAUGGACUUCAGUAUCAUCCUGAGGUGACUCAUUCGCCUGAAGGAAUGGAAACAUUGAAAUACUUCCUUUUUGAUGUUUGUGGAGUGGCUGCAGAUUGGAAAAUGGAAGAUAUUCUAGAAGAAGAAAUAAAGAUUAUCAAUGACAUGCUUGGUCCAGAAGAUCAUGUUAUUUGCGCUUUAUCUGGUGGUGUGGAUUCAACUGUAGCUGCUACUCUUGUUCAUAAAGCCAUUGGAGAUAGGCUUCACUGCAUAUUUGUAGACAAUGGUUUAUUGAGGUAUAAGGAGCAAGAGCGUGUGAUGGAAACUUUCCAAACCGAUCUUCAUUUGCCUGUAACCUGCGUCGAUGCAACCGAGCAAUUCCUAAGUCAUCUGAAAGGCGUGGUUGAUCCAGAGGCGAAGAGGAAAAUAAUAGGAAGAGAAUUCAUCGUCACAUUUGAUGAAUUUGCAAAGGAUCUUGAGCAGAAGUUGGGAAGAAGACCGGCUUAUUUAGUUCAAGGAACAUUAUACCCAGAUGUGAUUGAAUCGUGCCCACCUCCAGGAAGCGGAAAAACUCAUUCUCAUAUGAUCAAGAGCCAUCAUAAUGUUGGAGGGUUACCCAAGGAUAUGAAACUAAAGCUGAUUGAACCGCUUAAGCUCUUGUUUAAGGAUGAGGUCCGUUCAUUGGGGAAGAUUUUGAAUGUUCCAGAGGCAUUUUUGAAGCGACACCCAUUUCCCGGACCUGGAUUAGCAGUAAGAGUUCUUGGCGAUGUAACUGAAGGGAAUGCUUUGGAAAUACUAAGACAGGUGGAUGAGAUAUUUAUUCAGUCUAUAAAAGAAGCAGGGCUUUAUGAUUCGAUAUGGCAAGCUUUUGCGGUUUUCUUACCAAUAAGAUCAGUUGGGGUGCAAGGAGAUCAAAGGACACAUUCUCAUGUGGUGGCUCUGAGAGCAGUUACAAGUCAAGAUGGAAUGACUGCAGACUGGUAUAACUUUGAGCACAAGUUCCUGGAUAAUGUUUCGAGAAAGAUAUGCAAUAGCGUUCGUGGAGUUAAUCGGGUCGUGCAAGAUAUUACUUCAAAGCCUCCAUCCACUAUUGAGUGGGAAUGAUGCAUGCUUUUAUUUGACCAUGAUUAUGUUCUUUAUUCAUAACAUUAUUGGUGAGAAUUGAACCUUUUGAAGUUUAGAUUUCUUGAGUUAGAUUAUUUUCAUUUGAA